UUUUUUUUUUUUUUACUUUAUAACAUGUAUGCACAACUGUUUCUUUGUUAUUGUUUUUUGUUUUGUAAUUUUAAUUGAGAAUGAGGAAGAAUAUGGUGAAUAAAUCACUCAUGGUUUUAAAGUUCAAUGGAGUUAGUAACUUAAAUGUUGCCUAAUUGCCAAUAAUGUAACAUACUUUCUCUGGUACUGUGUUUAGGUUACAGUUGGGAAGAACAUACAAUUGAAGACCAUUUCCAAACUUCUAGAAGUCAUGGAAGGUAAUUUUCCUCUGCAAGCUGAGGAGAAAAUGCCUAUGAAGAAAGUUUAACGUGUGCUACAAGUAGUAAAGAAAACCAAUAGGGUACAAUAAGCACUGCUUUCAGUUAUGGAUGUUUAUUGAAUUUCAUAAAAUCAUAUAUGUCUAUGGCAGAUAUGUAAUUAUUGUUUGCAAGACUUUCUAUUAAUUCAAAGACAGAGAAAUAAUGGCUUAACAGGUAUGUUACUGUUUAAAUCAACCUAGUAGAGCCAUGCUGUACAAGUGCGAGUGUCUUUAGUCUCAUAUCGCUUAGCUAUUGCAAAAGGAACACACAGUGAUUAGGUGACAAGUAUAUGUCUAAAACCUAGUAAUAAGCAAAUAAUCCAUAGUAUAUCUGAGCUCAAUGAUAUACUUGUAAUAUCAUUGCUAAAUUUAGUGAGAUGGACAGUUCAUAAGAUUCAAAAAUGGUUUGGUGGAAAAACCUUAAUCGCUAUACUACAUCUCUAUGAGGAAAAAAGUCACGUGUGUGAAUGUAAUAUGGAACCUUUACACUUGUUAUUCUCUUUUAAUAUGGUUGUCAUACGUUACUAUGGAUACAGCCCUUGUGAGCAUAGGGGUAUUGAAAGAUGCCACAUACCUUUCACUUUUUCAGAACAACAAGAGGAUAUGCAGUAUAACAUACUUUGAGUGACAUUCUAAAUGUGCUGUAAGUUUAUAAGUAUUUAGUUUCCCAACAUUAUUGGUGACAUUUUCCAACUCAAACUGCUGAAAAUCAUAAUUAGAAUUAGGGUAGUAGAAAUUAUAUUCUGUUUGCAUUUGUUCAUGUUCCAAAUGUAGUAUUACUCUCAUGAUAACAAAAUUUGUGAAUGCAAUCAGUGUGCAAAGACUUUGAGUUCUUCCUUUUUUUUUCAAAUAUGUGAAUAACCUUUUAUACAAAAAGUAUGCUAUAAAUGUGAGCCAGAUAAUCAAUACUGUUCCCAUUUCAUGUAUCCUCAAAGAUGUAAAACAAUCCAUAACGAGGAGAACACCUUUGAAUGCAAACAAAGGCAUAUUACAUUAACAUUAGAUUGCUCUUUUGAAUGAAGCCAAUUUUUAAAAGAAUUCAUACAGAUAAAAAGACUCAUCAGUAUAAUCAAUGCGAGAACAAUUUCACGUGUGCCAAUUGUAUUUGCAGGCAUGAAAGAAGUUCUUCUGCAGAGCAACACUCUGAGUUUAUUCAAUGUGGUAAAGCCUUUGCAUAUCAGUCAUAGUCAAAAGCAUGUAAGAAUACACAAUGGAGAGAAACACUAUGACUGUAACCAAUGUGGUAAAGACUUUGGAACAAGGAGUGUCCUCCAAAGACUUAAACGAACACAUACAGGAGAGAAACCCUAUGAAUGUAACCACUGUGGUAAAGCCUUUGCAAAAAGGAGUGACCUCCAAAUUCAUAAACGAAUACAUACAGGAGAGAAACCCUAUGAAUGUAACCAAUGUUGUAAAGCCUUUACACGAAGCAGUCAUCUCGGAAUCCAUAAGCGAACACAUACAGGAGAGAAACCCUAUGAAUGUAAACAAUGUGGUAAAGCCUUUGCACAUAGCAGUACUCUCCAAAUACAUAAGCGAACACACACAGGAGAGAAACCCUGUGAAUGUAAACAAUGUGGUAAAGCCUUUGCACAUAGCAGUACUCUCCAAAUACAUAAGCGAACACAUACAGGAGAGAAACCUUGUGAAUGUAAACAAUGUGGUAAAGCCUUUGCACAUAGCAGUACUCUCCAAAUACAUAAGCGAACACAUACAGGAGAGAAACCCUAAGAAUCUAAACAAUGUGGUAAAGCUUUUAAAAGAAGUGGUGACCUUCUAAUACAUAAGCGAAGACAUACGUGAGAGAAACCCUGUGAAUGUAAGCAAUGUGGUAAAGUUUUUAUAAGAAGUGUUGACCUUCAAAUACAUAAGCGAAGACAUACAGGAGAUAAACCCUAUGAAUGUAAACAAUGUGGUAAAGCUUUGCAGAAAGCAGUACUCUCCAGAUAUAUAAGCGAACACGUACAGGAGAGAGACCCUAUGAAUGUAACUAGUGUGGUUAAGCCUUUGCAGGAAGCAGUGGUCUCCAAUGUCAUAAAAGAACACAUACAGGAGAAACACCCCAUGAAUGGAACCAAGGUAGUAAACCCUUUGCAGGAAGCAGUGGUCUUGAAUAUCAUCGAAUACAUACAGCUGAAAAACCCUAUGUAUUUAACCAAUGUGGUAAAGCCUUUGCAGGAAGGAGUGACCUCCAAAGACAAAAGAUCAUACAGAAGAGAAAGUCUAUGAAGGCAUCUAAUGUUAUAAAGUCUUUGCAGCAAGCAUUGAUCUCCAUGUAUAUAAAUGAACACAUACCAGAGAGGAACCUUUUAAAUGUAACCAACAUGGUAAAGCUUUUUCAAAAA